AUGAAGCGCAACACAUUCCUCGAACAGGAGCGAACCGACUUCGACAUGACCAUCGAAUGUAGUGGCCGAGUGUGGAAGCUUCAUCGUCGCUUUGCGGCGAAUUCCCUCUAUUUGCGCAGCAAGUUCAAUGUCGCCAACCCGCAACCGCACACCACAGUGGAAAUCGACAACAUCAACUUCACCAGCUGUCGCAUGGACCUCUACCUCCUAUGGCUCUAUACCGGCCGGUUCACGGUGCUGUCACGAUGGGUGGACGAGCUUUGGCGAGAAGACGACCUGGAAGGCAUUCUCGAGAUCCUGGUGCUGGCAACCGUCACACCUGGCGAAGACUACCUUUUCCGUCAAGCCCAGCAGGAAGUGGCCGAGCGGUUCGCGACCAAACUCUGGAUCCUGACCGACGCGGAUGCUCUCGACAGCGCCAACAAGACCCGCCACAGCGUCGACCAAUGCCUCGAGAUUCUUUUUGAACAGGAGACCAAAACCCAUCGGCUCGACCAGCUGAGGGAGGCGAUCAUGGUGGAAAUCUUCACCAAAGCAGGCCAACUGUUCCCCAAACACAAGUGGUUGGAAACCUGGAUCGGGCGAUCUCCUGCAUUCAAGGCCGUGUUUCGGGCUGUCCGACAGCAAUUACUGGAGAAAGGCCACAUCAUUCGCACUCAGAUUCCCGACGAUGGUGAUACCGAGCUGGCCGAUGCGCGCUGCGAAGAGUUUCACGACAUCUGGCUGGGAGAGGAACCUGUCCAGGACGCGACUUUUCCUUCUCCUCCACCAUCUGCUUCUGCGAGCGGAGGCCAGGAUGAGAAUGCACCACGAACCAAGGGCGCAAAGGUCUCUUUUGCUGAUGACGCCGUCGAGCAGUCGGCUGAUGAUCAGGCACCAUCCCAGCCUGGAGAGAGGGACGAGUGGUAG